AAAUCAACCACCGCAACCAUACCACUAAACAUCAAACCCCCACCCACAACCCCAAACCUUCACAACACCGAAGACAUGGGCAACAAAGUCGCCGCAAGCUUCGGCGUCAUCAUGGCCAUCUUCAUCGUCCUCGCCUUAACCUUCUGGAGCUUCUCCGCUUUCAAGCACUCUCGUCACAACACCGCCAAACACAACAAUGCUCAUCACUUCAAACUCGACGACUGGAUCAGAAGAAGAAAUACUGACAGAGCCGCUGCUGCUACUGCUGAUAUCGAGAUGCAAGUUCCUGUUUUGCCCAGAGUUCCGGAGAGAGCUCGUACUCGCGCUGGUCCUGCUAGGGUUUCUAGAAUGGAUCGGGUGGGUAGGGUUGCUCCUGCUGCUACUGCUGAUAGGGUUGAGUUCUGUGAUGUUCCUUUGAGUCCGCCGCCGCGCGCCCCCAGAGGUGCUGCCGCCCCUGCUGGUUUCUUCUAA